UUUAAUGAUCCAUCAUGCUGGGACCAUCCAUUUUUGCAGGGUUGGUUGAUGGGUCAAAACCAUGCUCAUCAUGCAACCGAAUCAGAAUGUUUGAGACCUAAAUCACUUUAUAGACGUAAUGCGGAAGCACAAGGGGCUCCCCCAUUGGUUGCAGCUGCUGUUGGGAAUUCCAUUACCAGUGGACAACCUGAAUCAGAUCAUCCUCGUUCUAUCAGUAUUGAAUCUGGACUUCCCACAUCAUUAGCUUCAGCAGGAGUUACUGAAAUUCCUUGUACCGUGAAGCUUAGAAUAUGGCCGCACAAUAUACAAGAUCCAUGUGCCCCGUUAAACCCAGAAACAUGCCGGCUAACUAUAUCACAUGUGGUCCUUUGCAGUGAAAUGGGCGCCCACUUUUCUCCGUGUGGCCGAUAUUUGGUGGCUUGUGUUGCCUGUUUGCUGCCUCAUACGGAAUCUGAUCCUGGAACGCGAUCAAGCAUGCAACUUGAUGCUGCAUGGGCUGCAACAUCUCCUACACGCCACCCAUUUUCCACUCACCACGUAAUAUAUGAGCUUCGCAUCUAUUCUCUUGAAGAGGAAAUGUCGGCUACUCCCAUAGUAGAGAUGGCAAAGGUGCAAAUGCAUCGGAGUAGCAAGGAUUUCAAGCUACUAAGACUGCCCAACCUCGCAAGCAACGUCGCCUUCGAAUGA